AAGAUCAAAACCAGAAUACACAUUGGCACGAAGGGGCUAAAACCUGGACCGAACCGGAAGCGUCUCUACCCAUCUUCUCUUCUUCGUAGUGGGCAGAGGUAUGAAGCCAAAGCUAACGCGUACGCCUUCUGCCUGUAUAUUAUCGCCAAUCUUCCAUAAUAAAUCUCCCAAAUCAACCCUUCUUCUCAACCUCCAACGAUCUUUAUCAACAUCAUCAUCAUGCUGCACUUCAUCUCCUCCCUCUCCGCUGCACCCCCGAACGCCGCUCUUUCUCAGGCCAUCAACGCACUCCACAACCUUCUCAGACCUCCGAAAGUGGCACCUCUGGGCCAAAUGUCUGGCCGCCGCCGUGGGCUCGACCUUCGUGGCCUCCGACAAUGGCCCCGACUCCGCCCAAUUGCACAGAGAGCUCAAAUGGCUCUUAGAGGACGCACUGGAACGCCCCUCACUGUAUCCGCAACUCAGUACUGCUGGGAAUGACGAGGAGAGACCAAUAAGGGUGAGGGCAAGUUUGGAUGAGCUCUAUGUUCUGUGGAAGCAGAGGAUUGAGGAGAGGAGACCGUUUCAGUAUGUGGUGGGGUGUGAGCACUGGAGGGACAUGGUGCUAUGUGUUCAGGAGGGGGUUUUGAUCCCGCGGCCUGAGACGGAACUGAUUGUUGAUUUGGUGGGUGAUGUUUUGGGAAGAAAUGAAGGAUUGAGAGAUGGACUGUGGGCAGAUUUGGGGACUGGGAGUGGGGCAAUUGCGAUUGGGAUUGGGAGGAUUCUGGGGCCUCGCGGGAAGGUCAUUGCCACGGAUUUGAGCCCUGCUGCUGUUGCAGUCUCUUUUUUUAAUGUGCAGAGGUAUGGUUUGCAGGACAUCAUUGAUAUUAGGCAAGGAUCCUGGUUUGAACCUUUGAAGGAUGUUGAAGGGAAACUCGCUGGUCUUGUGAGUAAUCCACCGUAUAUACCAAGUGAUCAUAUCUAUGGGCUACAAGCUGAAGUUGGCAAGCAUGAACCGAGGCUCGCACUAGAUGGUGGUGUGAAUGGCAUGGAUGAUCUUCUACAUCUCUGCCGUCAGGCUGCUUCAAUGUUGAAACCUGGUGGAUUUUUCGCUUUUGAGACGAAUGGUGAGAAGCAGUGCAUGUUUCUUGUAGAUUACAUGACAAAAGAAUCUGUAGGUAGCUUCUGCAACAUCAACAUGGUACCAGAUUUUGCUGGUAUCAAGCGAUUUGUGACUGGAUUCCGUAUUUGACCCAGAGAAACUAGGAAUAUCCUCAAAUAUUAAUCUGAAGGCAGCUUCUGGGACAUAACCUAGCAUAUGAUUAUGCUGGGUUCCAAUGAUCUGUGAUUUGAUUCCAUCAUUAGCAAUAAUUGUGAAAAUCUACGCACACUUGCAAGCACUGGUCAUCAAAGGUAAGUGUUGACAUUUUCAUUGAGUAUUACAUUUGCAAAUUUUUAUAUGUGCUGAAAAUAUGUAUUUUUGGACCUUACAAAAUGCAUUUUUGGAGAAAGUUUUGUGCUUCCUGUUUGAUAGUGCAUGAGGUUGCCUUUUGAUAAUAAUCCUUGUUAAAAUUUUAAAUCAUGUUGUGUGGGGUAAUUUAUGCAUUAAGUUCACAUGCCUUGAUACCGCAUUAAUGUGGACAGGCAUGCUUAUUUACACAUCUUCCCCAAAAGGAAAUUUGAGCUACGCCAGGGGUAAUCAGCAUCUGGCCACCAGCCCAUCCUCCAGCUUAUGAAGAUUUUCUAUUUUUGGAAUUCUAUAACCACCAAAGAGAAAGCAAUUAGAAAUGAAGUUGCUUUAUUUGUGUAUUCAUAUGAUUGAAUUAAGCAUCCUCUUCCUGCUGAACCUUUAAGUUGGUUAAAAUGAGAGCCUAUCUAUACUAUAUAUAAAUCAUAAAUGAUGGUUUGUAUGCAAAUUUUAAUGUUAUCCUAACUUGGAAAGAACAAACAGUGAGAUGAGAUUGGCAAGGCAAAAUGAGCAAGAAUGAUAGUAGGAAUUUAAUCUCAAAA